GAGAUUAAAGAACAAGAUAGAUGGUUGCCCAUUGCUAACGUGGCCAGAGUGAUGAAGAACGCCCUGCCUCCAGAGAGCAAACUCUCGAAAGAGUCCAAGAUGUGCAUGCAAGAGUGUGUUUCUGAGUUCAUCUCAUUCGUAACGUCAGGGGCAGUUGAUAGAUGUCAAGCAGAGAAGAGAAAGACCCUAAAUGGCGAAGAUGUGCUAUAUGCCAUGUACUCGCUGGGAUUCGAGAACUAUGCUGAAGCGUUGAAGAUCUACCUGACCAAGUAUAGAGAGGCAGAGAGA